CAUUUCCCAUUAAUCCCCCUAAAAACUCAAUUUCCCAGAAUACCUAGAGAAUUUUUAAAGCGUGUUUUAGAAGAGCGCGCGAACAAACUCUGCGCAUGCGGUUCCUGUUCACGUUUAUGGUAAAAUAGGAAGAGAGAUCGGGGGCGAGUUUUUUUUUUAUUUUUUUUGUAGAAAACAACAUUUUCAAAGCGUUGUCUCAUUUACUGGUGGAAGUAGCCUGCGCGUUUGAUCUUUUCAGGGGCAUGGAAAUGGGCGAAGAAUUCAAGGGUGAGGGUUUGGAAGAGGAGGAGGAGGAAGAUGAAGAAGAGCCCCCGGAAGCUCCUGGUUGCUCCGGGGCGGCCUCCCGCUUCGAGAGGGAAAGCCGCUCAGAGUCCAGUGGUGAGGGGAAUGAAGAGAUGGAAGAAGAGAUAGAAGAAGAAGCUCUAGAAAGGGGACCUAGGGAGCCCUUUGGAAGCUUUGGGAUGGAGGAGGGAGCAAUGGACUCGGACGAUGAAGAUGAGCGUAUGAUUAAUCUUUCUGAACUGACACCGUACAUAAUGUGUUCCAUCUGCAAGGGGUAUUUCAUAGAUGCCACAACUAUCACAGAGUGUCUUCAUACAUUCUGUAAGAGCUGCAUUGUAAGACAUUUUUACUACAGUAAUAGAUGUCCAAAAUGCAACAUUGUAGUGCAUCAGACACAGCCGCUAUAUAAUAUAAGGCUGGAUCGACAGUUGCAAGACAUAGUAUAUAAAUUAGUAGUCAACUUGGAGGAAAGGGAGAAAAAGCAAAUGCAUGAUUUCUACAGGGAGAGAGGUCUUGAAAUACCCAAACCUGCUGUGCCACAGCCAGUUGCUGUAGCCAGGGGGAGACCUCGCAAAGUUGUAGGCUCAGUGUUCCGUAUCCCCCCAGAACUUGACAUGUCGCUACUCCUGGAAUUUAUUGGAGCUAAUGAUCUCUCAGGGAAUUUUAAGCCACUGGAAAAGAAGUUUGUACGGGUUUCAGGAGAGGCAACUAUUGGACAUGUUGAGAAAUUCCUCCGAAGAAAGAUGGAUCUCAAUCCUGGCUGUCAGGUUGAUAUAAUAUGUGGAGAUCAUCUUCUGGAACACUUCCAGACUUUACGAGAAAUCCGACGAGCUCUAGGAGAAAAUGCAGUGCAGGAUGGCUUACUUGUACUGCACUAUGGUCUGAUUCUGAACAGAGAUUCUGCACUUUAAAAGAUUGUGUAAACCUCAGAAGUCAAAGGGCUCUGAAGAAGCAGAUCAACCAUUACUGGUCCUGAAGUACACCAAAGAAGGCCAUCUAUCAGGAAAAAUGCAUUACUGUUUGCUCUGUGCAAGCUAAUUAGUAUAUGACUUAAAUCAGCAUGAAAAACAAAUGUUGUGCACACAAGUACUGAGAGGCUGAAGUACUUUCUGGCAACAGAACCCAGCUAGCUCAGGAAGAGCAUAACCACUGUGAAGUGAGCACAUCCACUCAUUUUAAUUGCUGUUUUGCGGCCUUACAAGGUCACUGCUUAUUCCCAGGAUUUCAGACAAGCCUGUGCCUGAGAGUCCUUUAAAUACACAAUGGCAAUGGUGUUCUCAGGGAUUAUCUUUGGCAUCUCAUAUACAUUCUGCUUGGUGACACUUUGUAUGCACUGGUUGAUUUGUAUAGCAAUAGUAUGGGAAACCUUUCAGAUUAGUCGAUAAAAGAAAUGAGGAACAACCACCUGUUACCAGUUUUAAGCAUUAUAUCUUCUGUUUUCAUUUUCAUUAAAAAUAGCAUUAAGCUAUGCAACAUCAAAGCAGUGGAACAGAGUGUGAAAAAAAUUAGACAACUGCUAAUAAGGCACCAACUUCUUUACCCAAUGUGAAUUGUUACAAUAGGCUGGCUGUGAGGUCCUUUUUGGAAACCAUUUAAGCUCUUGAUUCGGAUCCUAAUGAAGUCAGCAUGCAGCCUUUGUUAUGGUCCAUUAGGAUUCCCAGCUCUUGUCACCCUUGCCCAGUUCCUUCAUACUUUUCAGCAAGUCCACUUCUAUUCCUGGCUUCCAGCCACAGUCACAUCUGUGCUGCCCCUUCACAGCCUCUGUCAUCCUACUCCAAAUGUUCCAUCCCUUUCUUGUGCUUAUUCCUCAGCUUCCUUCAGCUGCUGUUUUGGAGCCUCAGUUGGUGGUACAUGACUGGGUUGUGACCUCUUGCAAAUACAAGAGCUUCAGGCAGCACUCUGUUGCAGUAUCAAGGACAAAGGAGACAGUGCCUUGAAAUGGCAACAUAUCUGAACAUUUGAUUUUAUAUCUUUUAACACAUUCACAAGACUGGUUUAGUCACAGGGACUUCAAAGAACAGUGUUUUGUAAAUGGCCUGUAAUAUCACCACAGAUGAAAUACGAGCACCUGAGACUACAGUAUACAGAACAGUGGAUAGAAUAUGUGCUUUCUGAUACAAAAGGUGCCAGUCUGCUAAUUAUUCAUUUUUCUACUUCAGUAUUCUAUCUAUUAGAAAUGGAAUUACUGCUUCAUGUGCAUAAAGACAAUAGAUUUUUCUUGAUUUUUUUUUUUAAUUACAGGCUUUUGAAUCAGUUUUUUGCUUAGGAAAAUGCCUAUGUAAAUUCAGUUUUACUGCAAUAAAUUUUGUAGAGGGAAGGUGUUUCUAAAUGUUCAUCUUAUAGUCAAAAUAUUCAGUUUGUUUUGAAGAUGUAAAAAAUAGCAGUGAUAAAAAUUGAGAACGUUGUUUUGUACAUUUUUAACCAUGUAUUGAAUUUCAGUAUUCUAAUGCUAACAGACAUGAUGGUUCUCUUUUAGAGCAGGGGUUACUGGGAAUGUCAACUGCUGCAGAAUCUCCAUCAAUUAUCAACUCUAUGAUGUAAUCAAAUAAGGUUUAUUCAUUAAAUGAAGACGUUACAGUUCCAAGACUAAGUCUUGGUGAAACUGAGCUCCCAGGCCCAGGCAUCCAAAUAUAACUGUGUGUCCAGAGUGUUACAAGUUUAAACUCAAAGCACCUUUUUUUGUUUCUAACAAUAAAAGCAUUCCCCUUUGUUAUCA